AUGGAUGAAACCGACGAGUCAAUACCGUUUAUCGCGGACGUGACCAGCCACGAGUCGGGCUGGGCUAGCCUCCUACCGAGACAAUCGGGAGCCAGAAGACCCGCCGCCCAUUUGCGAGGGACACUAUUCUUACUUUUCUUGACUUCUGCAAUCACCUUCGCCUUCACUUCUCUAUUAUGGGCCGCCGUUGUUAUUCCCGCCGUUCGCAGUCCUCCAAAAGGAGGCGAUAAUUCAUCCAUCACCGAGAACACCCACCAGCCCGUCACAGCGACCCCAUCCAAAAGCCCCAACUCAUUCUCUGCAGCUGCCAUCGAGGAAUAUCAGAAGGACGGCACGUGGUUCGGGUUUGCGGACGAGGCCAAGAUGCAGCAGCGUCUGACCAUUUAA